AUGCCCACCGUCGACAUCCACACCCACAUGUACCCACCCCUGCUCAUGUCCCUCCUGCGCGCGCGCCAACAAAUCCCCUACGUCCGCACCUUCGACGCCCGCAUCGGCCCCCGCCUCAUAAUCCUCCCCACCGAAGAAGCCUCCACCUCGACCGCCAAGGGCCGGCCCAUCGGCCCCGCCUACUUCGACAUCUCCGCCAAAAUCGCCUUCAUGGACCGCCACGGCAUCGAUGUCAGCGUGCUCAGUCUGGCGAAUCCGUGGCUCGAUUGGGUGGCUUCUGGGGAGGCGGCGGGUGUGGCGAGGGGGGUUAAUGAUGAUAUGGAGGGGAUGUGUGCGGGGUUUGAGGGGCGGUUGUUUUUCUUUGGGACGUUGCCGUUGAGCGCGAGCGAGGAGGCGGUUGUGGGGGAGGUGCAGCGGUUGAAGGGGUUGAAGCACUGUCGGGGGGUGGUUAUGGGGACGUCGGGGUUAGGGGAGGGUUUGGAUGAUGCGAUGCUCGAUGCGCUUUGGAGGGUAUUGGAGGAGGAGGGCAUGGUGUUGUUCCUGCACCCGCAUUAUGGCUUGCCGGAUGAGGUUUACGGGCCGCGGAAGAGCGAGUACGGGCACGUGUUGCCUUUGGCAAUGGGAUUCCCGCUGGAGACGACGAUCGCCGUGACGAGGAUGUUGCUGUCGGGCGUGUUUGAUCGCUUCCCGAAACUGCAAGUUCUCCUCGCACACAGCGGCGGCACACUCCCUUUCCUCGCCGGCCGAAUCGAAAGCUGCAUCGCGCACGACGCGCAUCUGAUGAAGCAGGCCGCUGCGGGUGGGCGGAGAGAUGUCUGGGAUGUGCUGAAGAAGAAUAUCUAUCUCGACGCUGUGGUGUAUUCGCAGCUGGGGCUGAAGGCUGCGAUUGAGGCGUCGGGCAAGGAUCGGCUUAUGUUUGGGACGGAUCAUCCUUUCUUUCCGCCGCUGGAGGAAGAGGAGGAGGGCGGUGGCGAGUGGUUGAGUGUGACGAGUAAUGUCAAGGCUGUGAGGGAUGCGAUGGGGGAGCGGAAGGAGGAUGUGGAUGGGAUUUUGGGGGGAAAUGCGGUGAGGGUUUUGAGGUUGGGGGUGUAG